GGACGAGGCCUAUCAGGCCCGGAUGCUGCUUCUGAUUACCGAAGCAAAGCAAUGGUCGGAUGUAGUAGUAGCCGCAACAAAGAAGAGGCGGAGGACGCCGAGAAGGCACGACUGUUGACAAUCGAACAGCAGCGCCAGCAAGAUGAGGCAGCAGCAAAGGCUGCCGAUGAAGAACGAAUUCAACGACGCGAGAAGAUAUUCAACGAAGAGCGAGCUUUGCUCACAAUGGCAGUGGACUGGGGGGCCAAGAUCGCUCUACUCCUCUCCCAUCUCACGGACCUCCUGGUGACAUGCAUUGCACAGCAGGAGGACAUCCACAACCUCGACGACGCGGUUCAGACGCACAAUCAGAUGUUUGACCAAGUCAACAGCCGCCUCCAGGAGUUGGAACAAACCGUCGCCGCCCUCGUUUCCAACUCCUCCAACACCUCCAAUCGCCUCGAGGCAUUGGAGAUUGACGUCGGGUCCCUCAAGGACGGCGUGCAGUUACAACAAACCGCAACGCAACAGUUGGAGCAGCGGAUCUGUACUUCCGCCACCCACUCGAGAUUGGAACCGCGCGAGACAACUCCAAAGUUCGAUGGGCAGGAGAUCUUCUGCGACUCGACGAAGACGGACCCGAUUCCAUGGUUCCACAAGUUUGAUCUCAAGUUGCAGCUCCACCACGUCAGUGAACACAAGCAUCACUUGUACUUAUACUCCCGGUCAGGGGGCGCGUGCCAAGCAUGGUUUGACAAUCUCUUGUCCAAGUACGGAGUGGUAGCUGCCGACUUGUACACCAAGAUCAGUUGGGAUGAUCUCAAGGCGGCAUGGCAUAAGCGGUUCCAAGUAGAGCCGCCAGAGAUCAAGGCAAUGGACAAGCUGAUGACCUUCGAAAAAGGCACGCUGCCGAGUGUUGACUGGAUUGCCAAGUACCAACGCUUGACAUCCGUCCCAGUCAUUCAAAUGGGCUUCAAGGCCGUCAAACACUACUUCAUCUUGAGGUAGUGUCCGGUGUUGGGCAAUGCCUUGACUC